AUGAGUGGUGUGAGUAGAGAUGCCCCUAUCGGGGUGCAAUUCAUACAAAAACUUAGUUUGAGAUGCUGCCCACGAGUUCAAGUCAACAAAUUAUUGUGCUACCAAGCCAGCGUCCUGAUUCUGACAUUCUUCACAUAUAUGACGUACCAUCUGACCCGAAAACCCAUAUCCGUGGUCAAGAAUGUGCUCCACCAGAACUGCUCGGCGCUCACACCGCCUCCAGGGACCGACCCAAAUGAUGACCAGUGGUGCAACUGGGCGCCUUUUAAUACGACAGAUGCGAACACAUUGUUAGGAGCCCUCGACUCUGCCUUUCUAUUCUCUUACGCUGGUGCCAUGUUUGUCUCAGGUAUGAUCGCUGAGAGAGUGGACCUCCGCUACUUCUUAUCAAUAGGGAUGCUUAUGUCGGCCAUAUUCUGCUACCUGUUCGGAAUAGGCAGGACGUACAGCAUACACAAUAUAUCGUAUUAUUUGUUGGUGCAGGCCGGUGCUGGCAUCGCCCAAACCACGGGGUGGCCUGGCACUGUGGCCAUUGUUGGCAAGUGGUUCGGUAACAGCAAGAAAGGACUUAUAUUUGGCAUCUGGAACUCGCACACGUCUCUUGGAAAUAUACUGGGAACUGUCAUGGCCGCUGCAUAUGUAGACACAGAUUGGGGUCUGUCGUUUAUCUACCCAGGUAUGGUGAUGGGGGCGGUUGGUGCCGUUGUGUGGCUGUUCCUAAUCCCGGAGCCCAGGGCAGUGGGUUUAUCUACAGCCAUCGAUAGACAAUCGCCCACGAGACAGUCAACAAAAUCCGACGAAGAAGACGAGCCAGAUGAUGACGACACUUCCUCAGUGAUCGUCGGAGACCAGGCUGCAAGUUUACGUCCCAACAGACACUCUGCUAACACCUCUCCACCCGAAGAAGCGACUGAACGUACAUCUCUUCUCCGAUCUCCCUCAGCGGGAGCUGAUAGAGGCGGCAGUGCCGUGUCUCUCAGCCGCGCUCUCGCCAUUCCAGGAGUUUUGGAGUUCUCUCUUUCCUUGUUCUUCGCCAAACUCGUCAGUUAUACGUUCUUGUAUUGGCUGCCGGCUUACAUUCACAAUACUUCAGCAAACUUAUCAGCAAAACAGUCAGGCGAAUUGAGUACAGUGUUCGAUGUGGGUGGAGUGGUGGGGGCCAUUCUGGCCGGUUUGGUUGCGGAUUGUACCGCGUGUCCUGCCCUGGUCUGCGUAUGCUUCUACACUGUAUGUGCUCCCAUGCUGUUCGCGUACCAGCUGUUCGGCGCGACGUCGUACGGCGUGAACGUGGUGCUGUUGGUGCUGACGGGCGCGCUGGUGAACGGCCCGUACGCGCUCAUCACCACGGCGGUGAGCGCGGAGCUCGGCACGCACCACUCGCUCGCCGGCAGCGCGCGCGCGCUCGCCACCGUCACCGCCAUCAUCGACGGCACCGGCAGCGUCGGUGCUGCAAUCGGUCCGAUGUUAGCAGGCGUUGUAUCCAGUCAUUCUUGGACACAUGUGUUUUAUAUGCUCAUAGCGUGUAACUUCAUGGCUCUGUUCCUAUUACUCAGGAUAGCCCGAAGCGAAGUAUUGCGCCUGCGCCAGGAGAGGCGGAUAGCGGCGCCCCCUCGCGUCAGGGUCGAGUGA